CCAUUUCCUUCCCUGGUGUUAAGCAUAAAACAGCAACUUUUUUUUGCGGGCAUUGCUGUUUCGAGUUUUUUUUUCGAGAUUUCGCUUGAACCUUCUCGAUGGCCAGAGUCGUCGCAUCGGCCGUCUUCCUCCUCGGAGUCGGCUGCCUCCUCGGAGCAUCGGCACAGGAGUGCGGCGGCGAGCUGACGGACCCCUUCGGCUCCAUCGCGUCGCCCCGGUACCCGGAUCCCUACCCGCCGGGCUCCAACUGCCACUGGGAAAUACAGGCCCCACCGACUCGAAAGAUCUACCUGAGUUUCGACGAUUUUUUCCUGGAGAGUUCAGUCGAUUGCUUUCCGGGCGAUUACCUUACUGUGACGGAUCCCGAGGGAGACUCUUUCAUCUUGUGCGGCCAAGAUCAUCCCAAGAUCAUCGAAUCGGUCGGGAACGUCCUCUACAUCAACUUCGUCUCCGACGCCGACGACGAACGCGGAUUCGGAUUCAGGCUGACUUACGUCAACGUUUCGAAAUGCGAAGAUGGUUGGGCAGAGUUUGGAGAGCAUUGCUAUUUCUUCUCCGAAGUGGCCAUGAACUUCACGGAUUCCCAGGCAGACUGCGAGGCCAGGAACGCCCAACUGGCUAGCAUCCACUCACGGGAGGAGCAGCUCUUCGUCCAGCGGCACUCGAGGAAAGGGACGCUUCGAAUUGGAGCCAUUGGCAUGAUAAGCGAGGGAGACGUUCCAUACAGCUUCGAGUUCGUGGACGGCUCGCCCGCCGACUACGACAAUUUGUGGCAGCCGGUUGAACAAUCCCCCCUUAAAUGCUCUGUAUUGAUCAAUUAUACGUGUGGGCUCCACCUGGCUCCGGAUCGCUGGGUGAACCGCGAUUGCUCAGAAAACAAACCGGUGGUGUGCAAGUCCCUUGAAGCUCAUAGCGGGGAAUGGAGAUGUUAUGGUGAUCUCGUCGGUGCACUGGCUGCCCUCCUGGGAGCGAGCUGCCUCCUCUUCGCCAGCAGCCUCGCGAGAGCCAGCCCCCCUCAAGCCGAUCCCCUCCUCGCGGCAUCUGCGCCCCUGCAGGAAUGCGGCGGCGAGCUGACUGACUCCUUCGGCACCAUCUCGUCGCCCGGGUUCCCGGAUUCGUACCCGCCGGGCUCCAACUGCCACUGGGAGAUACAGGCGCCGCGCACUCGGAGCAUCCAUCUGAUUUUCGACGAGUUCCUCUUAGAGGAAACGCCGGGCUGCGUUCAGGGCGAUUACCUAUCCAUCACGGAUCCCGAGGGAGAAUCCUACAUAUUCUGCGGGCAGGAGCAUCCCUGGAUCAUCGAGUCGGUCGGGGACAUUCUCCAAAUCACCUUCGUGUCAGAUAACGACGACGAGGAAGGAUUCAGAUUCAGUCUGACCUACGUCACCGUUUCGAAAUGCGAAGAAGGCUGGGUGGAGUUCGGCGAGCAUUGCUAUUUCUUCUCGGAAGAGGAGAUGACCUACGUCGGCGCCGAGGCAGACUGCGUGGACAGGAACGCCACGCUGGCUAGCAUCCACUCGCGAGGAGAGCAGCUCUUCGUCCAGGAACACGCGCGGAGGGGGACGCUGCGAAUCGGAGCGACCACCACUGGAGGUCUGGGGGAAGAUCCGUUCAGCUUUGAGUUCACGGACGGCUCGGCCAACGACUUCCACAACAUGUGGGAGUCCGGGGGCGAGCAGGACUCGCCGCUCGAAUGCACCUUGGAUUACUGCGGGAUCCACAUGAUUCCGGAUCGAUGGGUGAGCCGGAGCUGCUCGGAAAACAAGCCGGUGGUGUGCGAGUCCACCGAAUCCCACAGCGGGACCUGGACCUGUUGGCCCGGUCCCGUGUGCUUCCACGUCUCGCCGCGACCCGUCUCCUUCGACGAAGCCCGGACGUACUGCCAAGAUUUUCCCGGAGCCGACAUUCUCGUCAUCGCAGACGAAGAGAAACUCCUCUGGACCGCCAUGACGUUCUACCUCUCCGUGCCGCAGAGCAACGAGGUGUGGAUCGGACUGCGGCUCCGGGGCUCCGGCGACUGGGAGUGGCUGGACGGCACCCCGUUGACCCUGGACCGGUGGGAGCAGGGUCACCCGACCGUCGGCACGGAGUGUGCCGCCGCCGCCACUUCGUCCUGGUACACCGACAAUCCCACUUCCUUUCGCUCGUCGUACGUCUGCAAGAAGUCGCCCUGAAUUCGCCGACGGAACGUCGGAACGAGAUCCAUGUGGAAUUCUUGAAGACGAU